GUGCAACAAUUCGUUCCGUUGCACAUCGUCUCUUUUUCACGGCAGUCGGUGAACGCAACAGUGCCAUUGGCUGACGUUAGCUUUUCUCAGUCAAGGCUGCUAUGAGUUUAGGGAACUUCAGGAACUGAACGGCAAAAUUCACAACACGUGUUUGAUCCAUGAAUCAACCAUUACAUUUCCAAGCACGUUCACUUCCAUGCCUUUCUAGCUGGGAAUGCAGCCGCCGCUCCCUCCUGAGGUCGUCCGAGAGCUGGUGUGCUCCUGCCUGCACAGAGAUCCUGUGGCAGCCGAUCUUCGCUGCAGCCUGUUUGUUGCUGCUGCUCAAAACUACAAGAAGGACUCUUUGCUUCGCCCUUUCCCUCCCCGAUAUUUACAUGAGGGCAAUAAAGACUUUGAUGCACUGUUGGCAGAUGUGAAUUCCUUCCCCGGGGUGAGAGCGUUAGUACGACUGCGGCCAGGCGAGGGAGAGCACCAUGUGGCCCUUGCACACUGGAUCCUCUCUUCCAAGAGCUUUGCUGUCAAGACACUACAGAAGGACGAGUACGCCAAACUUUGUGCCUUAACGCAAGACCCCAGCGUUUCUGCUCCUGCGCCAGACUUCCUCUUCGAGCUGGAGUACUGUGACCAAUUGAAUGCGCGCUUUGAACGGAUGAGAGAGGACAGAGAUGUCUUCUACGCCUUCCACGGGAGUCGCCUGGAGAACUUUCACUCUAUCAUUCACAACGGCCUGCACUGUCACCUCAACAAGAACUCGGUGUUCGGAGAGGGGACCUACCUCACCAGCGACCUCAGCAUGGCUGUCCUCUACAGCCCCCACAGCAGCGGCUGGCAGGAAAGCCUCCUGGGCCCGCUGCUCAGCUGCAUCGCCUUGUGCGAAGUCAUCGAUCACCCGGACGUCAAGUGUCAGGUGAAGAAGAAAGACUCUGAAAUGAUUGACCGUCAGCGCUCGAGGGCCAAAAACAGCCAGGGAGGAGAUGUGCCGGAGAAGUACUUUGUGGUCACAAACAAUCAGCUUUUACGUGUCAAGUACUUGCUGGUUUACUCGCAAAGGAGACACAUGUCUAGACAUUCCCGCAACACCUCGUGGUUCCUCAGACACCACUUUGCCGUCAUGAUGAGUCUCUACCUUCUGCUGCUCAUAUUUAUCGGCGCGUUCAAUUCGAACACCUUCAUAUCCUUUUGGAACAGACGCUUCAGCUGACCGACCGCAUGAAUCACAGACUCGCUCUUCAUCCACCGUGCCUUCCUGAUGGGACUCUGACCGGGGGGGCCUCAGUGCCAUUGACUGCAAAUUUUGAUACCGUUUUCCCUCCACAAGCAUUCUCUUCUUAUGCAGAAAAAGAAAAUUAUUAGACUAUUUACAACUGCACAGCAUAGAAAAUAAGUGAGUUUUUUUUGUUUGUAAUGGAAUUUAAAACUGAGACCUUGUAGCAUCUUUUUUUUUUUUUUUUUUUUUCUCCUCAAUACAGUAAUCCCUCUGCCAUGAAGCAGGUUGGCACGAGGUCAAAUUAAGGGUGAGCGAGCACCAUUUAUUAUAUUAUUGUUUUAUUAUACACUCAUACACUUGUACGACAGUUUAAAAUGUUUAAAAUGCUACUUAAAACAUAGCUUGUGCAUUUUCUAAAGCUUUUACGAUGGCGAAAGUUUGACCAUGGAACACGAGCGCAAGCCAUUAUUUCCUACGGGAAAAUGUGUUUCGAAAUCAGAACAAAUCACAGGAUUGUGUUCGCCCUCAGAGGUUCCACUGUACUUAUACUAAAAAGUAGAGAAGUACUCUCACUUUUUAGCACAAGUAUUGAUAACUUGUGGGGGGAAAAAAAUGGCAAAAGUACUGAUUCGACUCCUUAAAUAAAAGUAAAAAAGAAAACGCAAAGACUAAAAUGUUAGGCAAUUAUAUAACUACACUGUAGUUUUGAUUCCUAGCUAGCUUUAGCUAAGGCUUUUAUGCUAUCUAACAGAGAAAAAAAAACGAAAUUAGCUAAUGACAAUUGAACUAAUACAUCAUAUCUGUUUAGACCUAGAAUUGUUUAACGCCAGAAGCUUGUGUUUUUUUAAGUUUAGAAGAAUCAUUAUCCCAGUUAUUUUCUGCCUUAAAAAUCCCCAAGAUAGUCAACCACAAAAUUAAGGUUGACUUAAUGUGUAUUUGUCUUUUUGGUUUCAUCAGCAGUUUAAAAUUGAAAAAUGUACUUAGGUACAGUAUAACAAAGUAUUUGUAGUGUGUUACUUCCCGCCACUCCUUUAGAAAUGUGCAAAUAGUAAGAUGUCAGGCAUAUCCUACUAAAAGGGGAGUAGCAGAAUGCUAAAUGUUGGCUACAAGCUCGCACAGACACAAAUAGCGCUCGCUGCCUGCAAACCUCAUUUGAAUCAUUUUCACAGUUUGUUUUAUUACGCUGUAGGUUUUGUAUUUUACUGUCGUACAAGGACUAUGAUGAUUGUAACAAAUCGUUGGCGAAUGCAGGAGAGGCUUUUGCCUGAGCGUAAAGUAAGUCGGCUUCUAAGGACGCCUCUUUGAAUUAUGUAGUCAUUUUCUGUACUACAUCCAGCAAUACACUAUUGUAUUCCAGUCCUGUAUUACACCAGGAAUUCUAUAUACUGUCAUGAAAAUAAAAUGUAUUCAGCGCUCA